AUGUGUCGCAUGAAAAUAUCAUUGCUGUCUAUGUUCACUCUUUGCUUGAUAUCUGCACAGGCAGCAAGGUUUGAAAUUAUCAACCGAUGCUCCUACACCGUGUGGCCAGCUGCCAUUCCCAAAGGCGGUGGUAGGAAGUUAAACUCGGGACAAACAUGGAGUCUAGACAUCCCAGCUGGAACCUCAUCGGGCCGAAUUUGGGGCCGAACUGGUUGCAACUUUGACGGCUCAGGCCGUGGUGGUUGUCAAACCGGUGACUGUGGUGGUGCCCUAAGUUGCACCUUAUCUGGUAAACCUCCGACCACACUUGCUGAAUUCACACUUAACGGUGGAAACAAUCAGGAUUACUAUGAUUUAUCUGUGAUUGAUGGUUUCAACAUUGCAAUGCAAAUUGCUCCAACCUCUAAUGGAUGCAACAAAGUGCGAACUUGCAGACAACGUUCUUGCCCUGAUGCUUAUCAGUAUCCCAGUGAUGACACUAAAACAGUUUCAUGCCCAGGUGGUACCAACUAUAGGGUCACCUUCUGCCCUUGA